UUUCACAUUUUUGAAACAAACUCUAAUGGCGCCUUCUUUCAUAUCCCACUACAAAGACUCUCUCUUCUCUCACCUCCAUUUCCAUCUCUCUCAACCUUCCUUCCUUUUCUCUCUCUAACUUGUUCUCUCCUCUUUCCUUUUCCCUUUACCAAAUGGCAAACCAGGAGAACUGCAUGAGGGUCACCAGGCAGUCGGCCAAGCGGAGAGCGGCUGAAGCUAUGGCGGAGAACCCACAGCAUCCACCUCCUCCCAACAAAAGGAGGGUUGUUUUAGGUGAAAUUUCUUCAAACGUUUUGGGUAAUCCAAGCUUGAGAUCUUGUUCUGACCCUCGUGCUCGAGGUCGUUCCAGGAAUCCGGCUAAACCCAUUGGCAGUUCGUCGAUUCCGGCGUCGGAGAAAACGCCAGAAGAGGAUGUUGUUGGCGUCGGAAAGGUGGUUUCUGAUGAUAUCGAUGCAGGUUCAGAUGAUCCUCAAAUGUGUGGGCCUUAUGUUGCUGGGAUUUAUGAGUAUCUUCGUAACAUGGAGCAAGAGGAGAAGAGACGACCACAGGGUGAUUACAUGCAGAGGAUGCAGAAAGAUGUGAGUGCAAAUAUGAGAGGAAUUUUGGUGGAUUGGUUAGUAGAGCUUGCUGAAGAAUUCAAGGUUGUUUCAGACACACUUUACUUGACAAUUUCCCAUAUCGAUCGAUAUUUGUCGCUGAAACCAAUAAAUCGACAAAAGCUUCAGCUUCUGGGUGUUUCUGCAAUGUUAAUUGCAUCGAAGUAUGAAGAGAUAGAUCCCAAACCUGUGGAGAAAUUUUGUGAUAUGACAGAAAAUACUUACACUAAACAAGAGGUUGUAGAUAUGGAGGCUGAUGUGCUCAAAACCCUUAGCUACGAAAUGGGGAAUCCUACUGUGAAGUCGUUUCUAAGGAGGUUCACCAGGGUUGCUCAAGGAAAUUCUAAAAAUCCAAAUCUGCAGUUUGAAUUUUUGGGGUACUACUUAGCUGAACUCAGUUUGCUAGACUAUGGAUGUGUGAGGUUCUUACCGUCUAUGGUAGCAGCAUCAGUUGUUUUUCUUGCAAAGAUCACAACUCAUCCCAAAAAGCACCCCUGGAAUUCAAGCUUGCAAUCUUACACUGGAUAUAAGCCAUCAGAUCUAAAAGAAUGUGUUCUUCGGAUCCAAGACUUACAACUAGAUCGACGAGGAGGGUCCUUGGUCGCAAUAAGAAACAAAUACAAGCAGCAUAAGUAUAAAUGUGUUUCGACAUUGACAUCUUUAUCAGAGAUACCCGCUUCUUACUUUGAUGACGUUAGGGAGAGAUAGAUGACUCGGAUAGCAGAUCUUGCUUAUUUUGCCACAGUCAAAGCUCUAAUUGUUUAGUGCUGAUUAAUGCUGCCAAGGACCAGUACUACAUAUUAUUUCUGCAGAUCAGUAAUUGAACGGCUGGACUUGAAUUUUGCAAGCAAUUUUUGACAUGAAUUGGAAGCCAUGACACCACCUUAUGCUUGUACGACUGAUAGCUAAUGAAGUUGGCGGAGCACUUGUGUGCAGUAUAUAGGCAUGUAACUUAGGGAAAACUAGAAUGUCUGUAGAUUAUUAGUCUAGUCAAGUGGGUCAAGGUUGAUGAAAUUAGCACUUGCUGGAAACUUCUGACUAAUAAGAGUUACAUUUUUUGCCACAUGUUACCUUUUGUUUUUGUAUGCCUUAAUUGAUCUUUCAUAUAAUGAGUAAGUUUAGGUGCAUGUGAACUUUUUAUA